UGUUUAGAAACAGAUAAAGUUUAAAAGCAAAUUGUCUUCUGUUAACUAUAGUCUUACUCUGGAUUCUGUCAUCGGCAGUAUUCGCGUUUACGUUUUUAGAAUUACAUCUGUAGGACAAAUUUAAUCCUACAUAGUUUCGGACAGUAAUUCAUUAGAAGUUCAUAUACUGAGUACCUUCAAAUGUCCACGGAGAUUGUUAAAACUGAUCAGAUUCCUAAAUUGUCUCCCUACCGCUCGGAAACUCUCAGCAAAGACCAGUUUAGAAGAAAUAGCUACCGAAUAGAUCCUCUGUUAGAGUUGGAAUUAGCUAAAGUACGUUUAGCUUGUAUAGAGAAAGAAAUUGAAUUAGAACGCUUGCGUCAAAAGGGAAGAGAAUAUCGUAAUCCAGUUGUAGCCGUUUCCGAGAAGAAAUCAAAUUUGUUUAUUAUGGAAAGUAACAGUGAACAUGAUAAAAUUCAGAUAAACCUGAAUGGAAGAAACACUCCUCGCACUAAAUCGACAGAUCAGGAUUUUUCUAGUUCUCCUUCUAAUCAUUAUGUUUCUCACACAGAGGCUUCCGUUGCAUCACUCGAAGCAUCGAAAGAAUUAGCUAAGUCACCUACCGUUCUAUCAAGUUUUGCUGUAGCUAAGAAAGACAUUCCAUCUGAUUGUGUUCUCGGAUCAAAUAUUUCAUCAAACGUUGUGAAUUCUGAUGUGUCGAAAAAUGCUUCGGUUAAUUUAUGGACAUCAUCAUCUACAAGUCAUGAUUUUGCUUCGUGUCCUUUUACUGCAUUGGCUAAAGUUGUUACAGCUUCUCAGACAGACUGUAAGGAUUCGAAAAAUCUAGAAGAUUCUGCUAAGGAAGUAGUUGAAGAUAAACGGGAAGAAACGUUCACUUUAGCGGAAGUCGACCUAGUUGCAGGUGAAAGAGAAAUGCCAGUUAUUCGACAGCAUUGCCGAGCUCAUAAUUCGGAUGCUAAUAAACAGAGGUGUAAUAAUCUUGGACCUUUUCAUUUCGAGUUAAAUGAUGUACACAACAACGGUGCUGAAAAGAAUAAAGAAUCUCUCUGCAGGUCACGGAUAGUAGUACGUUUAGUGUAUAAAUGCAGACUGUUGAUUAAUACUCUCAGUUGGUUACAAAUGCCUGCUGCUCUAGUUGACUCACGAACUUUGAGAAUGGUUGCAAUUAAUGAGGUGGGUAGUUAUGUAAUGGCUACAUGGCGCAACGACUUCCAAUGUCUUGCUGAGGUUCUAGCCCAUCGUCAGCGACAUGGUACAAGAGCAGAGUAUCGCAUACGUUAUAUUUGGGAUCGCGUUGUAGAAUGGACACCCGUCAGCAAGUUACGCAAAGCAACUCAGUACGAAAUCGAUUAUGUCUUAAAAUUCUGUAAAGAGCAAGGUACACUAUCCACAAAUAAAAUCCCUAGUAAAUUUGAUCUGCAGUAUUCAUGUAGUAGUAGCAAUGAUUCUGCAUCAGGAACAUCUCAAGCUAAAAGAAUAAGGACAAAUGUGUCAGAAAGCAAGUCAUUAGACCGCACUUCGGAUCCUGAAACACAUCGCUAUCGGUCACGUCCUACUCAUGUAAGUACAAGUGGUUUCUCUGUCUUAGAAGACAAGAAGACUCUUCUUCCAAAAUUAUUUGAUGAAAUCAUCGAACAGGAUGGGAUGGUUUGUGAUAAGAGUGUUUUCCAGUUUCACGAAGCCUGUCGAAGACGUCGUGAAUUGAAAAGAAAAGCUAUCGAAGAGAACGACACAUGUCCAUAUGGAUUCGACAGUUCUGUAUCUGUUUUGAGUCAAACAUACACCAUCAGGUCAAACCAGAACAGACGUGGUCUUAAUUCUAUAAGAACCAAAAAUUAUGCAGCGGAAUCUACAGUAGCAUCCCCACCGGUAUCAUCGAAUUCAUUUUGCCAGAAAAGUGAUAAAAUAAAGGGAAACAUUACCCUAUGCGGAUCCAACGAGAUGUGUAAACGAACGCUGGGAGUAGGGCGGAAUAUCCAAGCGGAUCAAUCAUUUGUCAGAGUUCACGUGUUUCCUGGAAACCUGACCAGAAGGAAUAUUUUGUCGUUUAUAGCAUUAAUCUUUGAUCCCGGAGGAGGUAUAUGGAAACAUAUUAUAAAGUCAACGAGAAGGAAGCCACAACAUGGAGACUCACCGUUAGUAAACAAUACUAGUUUGCUGAGAAAUCUUUGGGUGGAAGCUAUAGUUAGAGAAGUCAAUUAUGGUCCCGAUGGCCGAUUCAGAACGAUUCGAUUGAAGAGACACCGUAGACAUCAACCGAGAUAUACGAAACCUAUGCCUAAUGGAAGAGGUCGAUUAUUCGAGCGCGACAGCAACGAGGUCUGGACGUGGUGACCGCUUCGGGGGGAGUGUUAGUUAUUUUAUGACUAAUUGUAGUUAUGUCAUAACUAGCCAAUCAGAUUGGUUAAGCGCUCACCACGUCAUCUAGUCUGACCGAUGUAUAAACUUUCUUUGUUGUGAAUGGUCCAUCGAUUGAAGGAUGUUAUCAUUUUAUUUAUAUUGCUGUGACUCAUGUUUUUUAUUCAUUUUCUAAAGACACGCUAUACUGUCCGGUACGUUUGCUCAUCCUGCUUGCUAACUGUAAUUUCCUCAUUUAUUGUACUAAUUUAAUCGUUUCUUUUUGUUUAGAAACAGAUAAAGUUUAAAAGCAAAUUGUCUUCUGUUAACUAUAGUCUUACUCUGGAUUCUGUCAUCGGCAGUAUUCGCGUUUACGUUUUUAGAAUUACAUCUGUAGGACAAAUUUAAUCCUACAGUC